AUGGGGCAUCAUAUCCACUCGGGUCUGGCGAGAGCCCACUCUAUGGAAUUGCUCGAUCUUUGGGUCACAUCCACCCGCAGGAGCAGAGAAACUCUGGAAAUUUCACGGCGAGGACGGUCGUCAGGUCUGGAUGUAUAUAAAGCAGUCCUUGAUCCUCUCAGCCUCCCCCUUCUGGACAAGCUCCCCAUCCUCUCCAACCUGGGCGAGCUUCUCAGCGGCCUGCCCGUCGUCAGCAACGCUGGUGACCUCAACAACGCUCUCGGUGGCAAGCUUGGCGACCUCGGCAGCGACAGCAGCCUGCCUCUGGAUGGGCUUCUCGGUGGUUUGACAGGCUCUGGAGCUUCCACUCCUUCCACUCCUGCUCCCUCCGUCGGUGGCGGCAAGCUCCUCCAGGACCUCGCCCCCGAGCUUAACGAUAUCCUCGUUAUCACCGGCCCCAACGCAAAGAGCCUCCUUCUCCAGCUCUCUCCUGAAGUUACUGCCCUUGUCUCCGGCCUCGGCCUCCCUGGUCUCGGUGUUCCUCUCGGUGGCGUCGUUGCCUCUGCCUCUUCCGUUGGUGACCUCGUCACUGCCCUUGGCCCUCAGGUCGAGGGUCUCGUUACCGUUGUUGCCCAGGGUGUUGGUGCUCUCUUGAUCCAGCUUUCUCCUGAGGUUGCUGCUCUUGUCUCCGGCCUUGGACUCCCUACUGUUGGUGUUCCCGUCGGUACUGUUCUUGCCACCGUUGGAACCAACCUGUAAAUAUGAGCUAUCUUCAACAGUUUAUUAUACCGAGUCCUACGAGAUGAUAGACGGUUAUUGUCUAUAAUGAUUGGGAGGAAGUCAAGAUACUAUUCAAUAUUUUAUCUUAAUUGUGUACGGAGGGUUUUGGUGCACUUUUUAUCUAAUAUAUAAGGUUAUACAUAGACUUCAUGUAUAUAUCUCUAUACCAUUCUUUGUGUACAUCACCGUCUCUGUCCGCGGUAUAGGAAUACUUACUGCUGGGAGGAAAAUAUAAUAUUAUUAAUAUAAUAUAUCCCCUG